CUUCGUUGGAAGCCGUGGUCGCUUGUCAUUCAUGUUGAGGCGUUGCAGGGGAUCCAAGGCCGUCCUGAGGAUACCGCAGCUCCUAUCCAUCCACGAAAAAGAGUCGAUAUAACCCAGGACUCGACAAUGGAGACAAUACGUUUACGUUCCGCAGAGAGAACCGUGUGCCGGUCGGCCCGCGCUGAAGCUCCUCCCUGUGUUCAAACGGCGGUAGCCCGGCGCCGCGAGCCCGCAGUGGUCGCUCAAAUCUCAGCCUGAGAAUCCCUCGCGUUGUCCGUCCAGCCUCGGAGGAGCACAAGGCAAGCUAAGAGCCUCCACAAGACGAACACAUCGGGGAUGCUGAAGCUGUGACCUUCCCUCAGCCCCUCCGCCGGGGACCGGACCCGCAGCAGGAGCAUCCCCCGGAGCUGCAUGGACACGGAAAGGCAGCAUCCGCGGCCAAGACGCGCCGCCUGUCCGGGAUGCUAGCCAGGAGGAAGUGUCUCUGACAUGAAGACGAGGCUGGUGUGUCCUCUGGCUGCUGCGCCGACAUUGUCCCCACGCUGACUCCACCGUGCCGACAUCGUCAUGUACGCGGCUGGCCGCGUGGAGCUCCAGCCCCGGGGAUGACACCCAGCCGAGUACCGGCGGGCCGGCGCGGGGCCACCUUCCCCGGGUAGAGACCGCACACUUGCUAGCAGCUAGGCGGCUAAUUGGAGCAGAUACACCGAGCCCGAUGUUGUCCCACAAGGUUCUAGUGGCCAUCCUCUUGUUGAACGUCUACGUGGGCGUGCAGUCCGUCCACUAUUUGUUCGGCGGCGUGCUCCUGGCGCUCGUCUUCGCCAUGGCGUUUUUAAAUGGACCGCGGCUGCUGGACUGGGCCAGCUCACCUCCCUAUCUUCAGUUCAACAAGUACGUUCUGACCGGGUACCGGCCUGUUUCCUCGGUGCAGGACUGCAUCAGGAGCCUCUUCUACUUGCACAACGAGCUGGGGAACAUCUACACUCAUGGCAUCCCUUUGCUUUGCUUCCUGGUGCUGCUGCCACUCAACAUCCCCUGGUCCCAGAUCAGUGUGACGUGGCUGGGUGUGGUGCACUUCCUGGCUUGCCUGUCGCCCCAACUGGGCUCGGUGCUCUACCACCUCUUCAUGAACCACGAGGGAGGCGAGCCGGUCUACCACACCCUCCUCAAACUGGACGUGUGCGGGAUAUGCAUGAUCAACACGCUGGGGGCGCUGCCGAUCCUCUACAGCACGCUGCUGUGCUACCCGCUGAUCCGCAUGGUGGCGCUGGCGGUCUACAUCCUGCUCUCCAGCCACGCCAUCUACUGCGCUGUCACGGCCCGCAGCAGCGUGCGGCGCCUUCGCUCCUUCGCCUGGCAGGCGCUCUUCCGCUUCUCCUUCUUCCUGAUGCGCUGGGCAGGCGUGGGCGGCGGCAGCCCCAACUCGCUGCGCCACUUCCUCACAAUGGACGCGCUGGCCAUGCUGGGCGGCAUCAUCAACAUCGCCCGGAUCCCCGAGCGCUUCCGCCCGGGCCUCUUUGACUACUGGUGCAACAGCCACCAGAUCAUGCACGUGCUGGUGGUGGGCUCCAUCCUCUACCUGCACUGGGGGGUGCUGGACGACCUGCUGUGGAUCAACAGCUACAACUGUCCCUCGGACUGACCCCGCAGAAGAGAGGGCGUACAGCAGACAGGAAGUUCUUACAGGAGUGGAACGCGUCCACACUAUUGGCCUCUUUUGUCUCCCCCGUAAAGACAAACAUGUAUGUCGCCAUGUCCAGGAAGGUCGUGAGGACCAGCAAGUUCCGCCAUGUUUUC